GGGAGGCGGGCCCGCGUCCGACCCGCCCCCUCGCAGACUCGCGGGCGGGAGGUUUGAAGACCCAGAGGGCCCGCGGACGCUGCAGCAGUCCCGCUCGCGCUCCAGGGUGCAGGGCUGAGGCAGGGCCCACGGGUGGGUCCCCUCCCCGGUCACCGAGCGCUGCGCAACGAGGACGAGCGAACCCUGCGGGGACAAGCGACCGCGGCGCUGACCUGCGCCCUGAAGCCGCGGUGCGGCGGGCUGACUCCUGCCAGGUCGCCGGAGAGCUUCAGGGCCGCCCGUGAGCGAUCAGGUCUCGGCUGUCGUGUGUCACUGAGCCGGGCGCUCUCGGCGAGGGAAGGGAACCCGGAGCCCUUGCGCACACACACACACACCCCUAAGCCUGACGCGGCGAGCCCAGGGGGCACGGCCUGCGCAUGCGCACCCCUCUGCCUUCCUGCCGGCGCACGCUCGGUCCCGCAGCUUCAAGCUGGUCGGGUCAUGGAGGCCUCGGGAGGCGUUGGGGGCGCCUUUCUGAAAGAUGUUGUGGCCUAUGUUGAAGUAUGGUCUUCCAAAGGGACAGAGAAUUACUCAAGGACGUUUGCAAAGCAACUUGAGGAUAUGGGGGCAACGGUUUCAAAAACCUUGAACAAGCAAGUGACCCAUGUGAUCUUCAAAGAUGGAUAUCAGAGCACCUGGGACAAAGCCCAGAAGACCGGGGCGAAGCUGGUUUCCGUCCUCUGGGUUGAAAAAUGCAGGAUGGCUGGAGCACUUGUUGAUGAGUCUUUGUUCCCUGCAGUGAAUACCGAUGAACAUCUACCAAACUUAAGUAGAAAAAAACACAAAUGUAUGCAACCCAAAGAUUUUAUUCUUAAAACACCAGAAAAUGACAAAAGACUUCAAAAGAAAUUUGAGAAAAUGGCUGAAGAGCUACAAAGGCAAAAGGCAGCUCUAGAUGAUGACGUUCCUGUCCUCCUGUUUGAGUCCCCUCGCUCACUGGUGUACAGCUCCCCAGUGAAUGUGAUGAAGAGGAGACUGCAGGAUAUGAAGGAGAAGAGGGAGAACCUUUCCCCUACCUGUAAGUGGCUGCAGUGUAGAAUGAAAAGGAUGUCUGCUGGCGAACUACAGAAGAAAGGUUACUUGAUCUCUACCCUAGCCUCCCAGAUGUUGGAGCAGUCUCAGCAGAAUCCAUGUGUCAGUCUGUUUGAAACAUCCUUGAACAUUUCUCACCAACCUUUGAGUUCAGAUGAAUCCUUUGCCAGUGGCUCCCACUCAUCUUUCGGUGAUUCCUGUGGAGAUCAAGAAAGGAAACUGGGAAGAUCUGCUAAUGAGAUGACCACGGUGACAUGCCCUUCCUCACCUGUGUUGAGGGCAAGCAGUUUUUAUGGCUCAGCAUCACCCAACCAUCUCAGGCAGCCACGUCCUCAGAAAGCUCCAGACAGUCCUUCAAAGGAGAGCAUCAACUGUCAGAAGGAUGCUACAGGUGCGGUAGCUGAUUCCGAGAGAAAGCAAGCUGCAGGUGUAUCUCAGGGGGUGCCUGAUGAGAAGCUCUGUCUGUCUCCUACGAUGUCCAUCAUAGAAGAACACCAAGUACGGUUGGGACCCAAGAAUUCUUCUGCAAAGAGAAAAAGGGCAGCGGACUUGGGUUCAUCUCCAAAAGGAAAACUGAAGAAGAGGUACAAGAGAAAGUCUGCUCUGGCAAUACAGUUAUUCAAGUCCGACCAGAGCCCGCCGUCCACAAUCAGACUCAUUCCGGGAACUCCUGACGUUGAGGCUUCUUCCUAUGAGGACUAUUUUUCCCCUGAUAAUCUCAAGGAGAGGAAUUCGGAGAGACUUCCUCCUGAGGCUCAGCAACUAGCAAGCCCUUCUCUGUUCCACUGCAGAGGUCUCUCAAAGUGGGAGCGAAGAAACAUGCUGGAAAUGUGUGAUUUUACCUGCAUUGGUGAAAAGCACAGAUCCAUCAGCAGCAUUAGUGACUUAAUUUCAAAAAGUGCCUCUAGUCUUGAGAAACCUGUCAAGGAGGAAGUGAAUACAGCUUCUACCUGCUUGCUUUUGGUGGAGACCUCUGCUAACGACAGCCCAGGGCUUUGCAGUCAGCCUGGCCCUCAGCUGAGGGAUGACACAGGCCCAGAGGGAAGCAGCCACCCUGACACCCUGUCUAGUUCUGCCCACCACAUCACACCCUUGAAAGGAAAUAGUACAGAAACCAGAGACCCAGGUGAUGGAAAAGGCUCCCCCAAAGAAGGUAGCACGCCUCCUGCAUCAGCCUCUCCUGAAGAUGAAGUACACAUCUGUAAUCUCAGUUUGGGAGAGGAUUGUAAUGUAGAAAAGUCUGUAGAAGAAAAGGAGAACAUAGCCACAGGAUAUAGUGAAAGUGUUAAAAAUGGACCAGGGCGGCCAGAUCCUUCAGACAGCUCUUGCACAGGCCUUGUCAGACCUCAGCAGAAACCAAAGAAAAGUGAGAAAGAAGAAAAGGCAGGUGGGUUUGCAUCAGUAAGAAGUGGAGUCUCUCCUCAAGGUAGCGUGCUGCAGUACAUCACUGGAGUUGACUCCCAAUUUAAGUCCUGCUCUUUCCUCCAGCCAACGAGAACAUUGGUCAUGACAAGCAUGCCAUCUGAGAAGCAGACCCUCAUCAUCCAGGUGGUGAGCACACUGAAAGGCUUUUCAUUCGCACCCGAGGUCUGCGAGACCACCACCCACGUGCUGGUAGGGAAGUCUGCCCGUACCCUGAACGUGCUGAUGGGAAUUGCCCGCGGCUGCUGGAUUCUUUCUUACGAAUGGGUACUGUUGUCUUUAGAGUUGGGCCACUGGAUUUCUGAGGAGCCUUUUGAACUCUCUGAAACCUUCCCUGCAGCUCCGUUUCUACAGAGGACCAUUGUAUUUACAGAGUCAGUCAUCAAAGUUCCUCCUAAAACAUUAACCGGUGAUUCUAUCGUCUGCCUUUAAGAGUUAAGGAAGUGGGGGCUGGAGAGAUGGCUAAGAUGGUUAAGAGCACCGAUUGUUCAAUUUCCAGCACCUACAUGGCAGCUCACAACUGUUUGUAAUUCCUGUUCCAGGGAUCCAACACCCUCAUACAAACAUGUAUGCAGGCAAAACACCAAUGUACAUAAGAUAAAAUAAAUAAUUUUUUAAAAAUUCACCUAGUUGUUUGGUUUCUUGGGUUCUUUUUUGGUUUUUGGUUUUUUUUAAGUAGCAAAGUAGUUUAGGGGGAGGAGGGUUCUUCUCUGAGUGUUCAAGGGCUUCCUUGUGGGUGGGACCAUAUUUGUGUCCCAUGACGGGUGCCAUGCAGCCCAUGGAUUCUUAGUCUGAACUGUAAUAAAUUUGUGGUUCCCGCUGUGUGUUUGCUCUCGACAUUGCCCUGUCCGUGGGCCUCCCACCCCCCACACAGUCUGUCUGGCUAGCUAGCACUCACUCCUUGCUGACCGAUGUCCUUUGGUUAUUGAGCAACUAUUGACUCCAGCAGUGUGACACAUUGUAACACUCUCUGGUCAUUUAUGAAAGCAUGAAGGCGAAGCCUACACUACUGUAAAGCUGCAAUAGCUGCAUGCAGCAAGCGAUCUGCCCUCGUGUGCUGGCCUCUGCUGACCCUCAGCAGGCCUGUCCCCAAAUCUUAGUCUAGUGCCUUCCUAACAGAUUCCUUUUCCCUCUGCUUUGGCUUUUGGUGAAUUGGAAUAGCCUGCCUAUAGGAUUGAGUGGGCAGCAGUUUACAUGUAUGAGACAGGGUCACAGCCAAGUCAUCUAGAGCUUCAUGCUUAGUUCCUGUCCACACCGAGCAAAGAGAUGAUUUACAGAGAUGCAUUCUAGGAGUCUCAAACUAGGAAGAGGCCGUGAACUGCAGUUUGCAUCUAUGCUCAGAAACAACAGUUUACAAGCCUAGUGUACACGAAGAUCUCGGCUUCCCUCUUCUCAUUCUAAAGCUAAGCUUGAAGACAAGAAAUCCUAAGAGGUUAGAGAUUGAGAGAGGAGGAGGGAGAGAGAGCCGUGGGCAUGGAUACCCUGCAUGCAGUGCUAAGGUAACAAAUGCUAUUCCUUUUAUGAUACUCGAGCCUGUCAGUAACUUGAAAUUUUCAGGGUGGAGAAAGUGACCCACAAACAGUAACAUCAUGUGACCCAUUUUGCAAAGAGGGACUGAAAUUAAAGUUCUGAGAAGCCAUUGGCUGCGCUGCAGCAAGCCCCGCUGUAAUGGUGAAGGUCUGUUUGUGGCGUGCCACAUCUCGGCCACUCUCGUGUUUCCAUGGGCUCUGAGUGACUGAGAGCUAGAGCACACAAGCCCAGUGUGAGCGCAUCCCUGAGGCUCCUACGUAUGCUCCAGCCAGAAGUGAUAGAGCUCAGAGUUGGCUGGAGCCUUCUAUGCCAUCCUGGGUUUUGUGCUGCUUAAAAACAGACCGCCUCCACGCAGCUGAUGGCCAUUCUGAACAAGAAAGCCUACACUUAGGGCAGGGAGGCUAGUUUGGUAGGGAAGUGCUUGGCUAGCGUGUGCAAGGCCCCAAGUGCCAUCCUCAGCACCUUAAAAAGAAAAGGAAGCCCAGAAUCAAAAACGAUCAACACCAGCCAUGUCUCCAACAACUGUCAUGACAAAAGACUCUGCCUUUCCUCGCCAAGACUAGUGCCGAUUCUGAGAUGGGAAGGCUGCGGUUGUUGAUAGGACAAUGUGAAGACAGACGUUUCCAAAUGAAGGUAGCCUUUCUACAAAUCAUGACAAUCGUUGAGAACCUGAGACUAACUCCAGACGUGAAACUCUGAGUUGGUCCACGUACACAGAUAGACCUUGAAACCGGCCUGUCUCUGGACAUGUGUAAAUUCAUUCUUUUCUAAUUGGUCACCCUGGGAUGUCUUUCUGGUCAGUGUUCCUUGUCUUUAACCCCUGUGACUGCAACCCAGGCAUAUAGUAAUCUGCUCUGGGAGAGCCAUCCUGGUAUAAGAAGUCAGCCCAAAGGAAGAGGGAAUAAAUAGAGCUGUUCUUCCAUGGGCGCCCUUUCUUGUCACCCUUACUUGGCUGCUCUUACCAACAACAGGCCCAGGACCCUGGCAGAGGGGCCUGGCUCUGAUUCCACAUGUAAGGCUUCACAUACCCCUGCUUUGCUUGGACCUUUGGCAUCCGCUUCCCGUGAUCAUGUAAGUGGCAACUGUGCUCUGUGGGCACAGUGUCUCUGGAACGUCCCUGUGUAUGUGCGAGAGGCUAGUGUGUUCUGGCUGCAUUCCCUGUGCACCUGAGAGAGGUCAGCCUGUGUUCCGAUUUUCACUUCUAAUGGUUAAACCACCUCAGGGCUGCUGGUCCUUCAUCGCUCCAGUAGUUAGAGUGCAGAGGAUCUCUGAGUAUAACACUACGGCCUGUCACGAUUCUGUAGCCGGCGAACAGUUUUGGUCAAAGUUGGAUGUACUCCUAAUACACUCAGUAAAGUCUGGCAACACAGCAGAGCCCAAGCUGUCAGACUAAAGUACAUUAACACAGAUUUGUGUGUGUGUAAUAUCAAAUAGGUUCGCAGGUUUUUCAUUACUCCCUCAGCCUUUUGAAUAAUGGGAUUUGACAGAAAAAUAAGUCCAUUUGUGAGACUGGACCCGCAGGCUGAUUGUAUAUCAACCUAUCUCUCUGGCUAGCUUCUUUAAUUAUUUGACUGGAAUAGAAAAACAAAAGGUGUCUUGCAUUUUGCUAGAGGAAGGAAAACAGAUGUAGCAUACAGGAACUGCCACCAGCCUAGGGGUCUGAUGUGGGUCCCUUGGCAAUGGCAGAUGCUAGCUGAAGAUGUUAGGUAGAGCUGAGUGUCCCCAUUCCCUUCCACUAGUGUGCUUCUGUGCAUCUCAAGAAUCCAAUUUUCCUGGAAAAUUAAAAAUAAUUUGAAUACAUUCUGGGUCGUCCUCUUCCUCUGUGAGCAAAAUACUCCAAGUGCCCCAACAAGUAAGAGAGAAAGGAAAGAAAGGACAUUUCUUUUGCCUUUGUUUUGUGACAGGGUCUCUUCUAUCUAAGCUGGCCUAGAACUUCUGACCUACCUGUCUCAGCCUACCAAGUCUUAGAUUGCUGGUAAGCCCUACCAUGCCCAGUUAGUUCUUUCCUUUUUACUACCUCAGUCCCCCUCCCCCUUUCCCUUUUCCCUUCCCCUUCUUCUUUGGACCCCAAGGCAGCCUCUGCCUUCCCACCCACCACCCCAGCCUUCAGAAUGAGGGAAACUAAAUACAAAUUUGAUCCCUCUGUGGCUCACAUUAUUCCCUGAUGUUGGCUGAAUAUGAAUCGCCAUUCUUUCACCUGGUAAUAAUCAGGAUUGACAGUCUGCAAUCUUUCCGACCUCUGUGUUAGUCUGGCUUUUGUUAUUACUGACAGAGUACCAGAACUUGGGUACUUUGGAAAGAAAAAAAAGUGCAAUUGGGUUCAGUGGAGUGGGUCGGCAGGAGAGCCUUGUCUAGCAUGUGUAAGGCCCUGGGUUCAAUUAGCUCCCAGAUGGGGAACUCCAAGCCUAAAGAGCAUGAUUGACAGUUUCCCUGGCAACAUCAGAGCACAGGCUAUCACGGCAAGAGCUCAUGUGAUGGGGAAAGGUUAAAUAGUAAGGAGGAACCAGAAAGACCAGGAGGGGACAGUCUUGCUCUUUCAUAACAACACUCUUGGAAGGUCUAACCAGGGUCCCAGGAGAACUACUUUACUCCCUUCCUAGUGCAGUGACCCUCCCUUCCCCCAGUGACCUAUGGCUAGACUCCCAAAUGAUGGGUCCCACAAUUUCCCAAAAACUGUGACACAGGGGACAAAGCUUCCACCACACAACCCCUUGGGAGAUAUGUGCAAAGCUAACCCAUACCAGAGCAGUCUCCAGCUUUGUGUGCGUGUGACCUCCCUGCUACGCCUUGUUUGCAGAUUUUAGAGUAGCAAUAGCAGCACAUUGAGAAACUAACUCCUUCUGAUCAAGAGAAUGGAAUCUCUGGGCCGGGUCAAUCACCUGGCCAAAGUACUGCCCCUAGGAGAGCAGGCUCACCUGAGCCGUUCUAAAGAGACAGGAGAAGUAAUUAGCCCUUUAAGGAGAUGCUGUUUCUCUAUCCCGAAUCCCCAUCCCCAAUCACUCUCUUACAGCCAUGCCACGCUGCUUCGGAAACCUGCCAGCUUUUCUGAAUUACUCAGAAGACAGUACCUUUCUCUUUCCUCUCUUCACACUAAUCAUGUUUUCCCCAAGCUCGGGAUCCCUUCUCUUUAUAGCUCCACAGUGCUGCUGCUUGUCUCCCAUGUACCUGACCUCCAUCCUGGCUUCAAUGGUGGAGCUUUUUCCCUUUGCUCCUCCACUCUCCCCUUCCAGGGAAAUCACUGCUGAGAUGUCUAGCUUGCCUGUACUGGAAUGAUUUUCUUUUAAGCUCUGUCUUUAAGCUUCCAUUCGAGUCCAUUCUUCAUUUCUUCCGUUAAUAAGACUAAGAGCCCCAAGAAGGGGCCCGGAUCUAUUCUGAGUUACAAGGCUGCUCAAAACCUCCCAACAAUCAGUCCCUUGACCCACCCCCACCCCCACCCCCACCCCCACCCCCACUCCCACCCCAGUGCUCUUAAGGUCCUCCUCUGUGCUCCUGCAGCAAGGAUGAAUUCGAAUUUAAAAAAAAAAAAAAAAGUGCCGGUUAAUUUAUUUUUAAAUCCACCACUGGAAGUGAACAUUCACGUUCCUUUUCGAUACUAGACUUCUGCAACCAUUUCCAUAUACACACUACAAAUAACCCAGACAUUUGUGCUUGAAAACUUGAGUUCAAAAUUAUUAAAUCCAGGGAUGCUGUGUGGGGAAGGCUUUUGACCUAAUGUUCUCUAGUCUCUGUCCUGGGGAAAUUCUGAGGCAUCAUUUGAGGUCUCCAGAUAGAAACCCGGCAGGGCCUGGGCCCGCCCCCUCUGUAGCACAGCUUUGUUGGUUUUGGUUUUCAAGUCUCCAAGCUUUUGCUGCCUAAGCAUCUGUGUUCUCAGCAGUGCUGCUGGGCGAUGCUGAGAUUAAAGGGGAUGGGGCAGGAGGCUCAUGCUUCAGAGAAACCUUUGCCUUCCAUGUAUUGGGGCGUGGAGGGAGGUCCCAUCCACAAAGGCAUAUCACCAUGGAUUAUAUACAGGUCAUGUUCUGGUGCCUCCAGAGCUGGGAAGCAAAUGUCUUUCUGCUUACUCUGUUUGUAGACACCAUUUACAUUGUGGCUUAGGAACACACACAUCAGGGCCAAUUGCCCACCUCUGCUCCAAAGCUUUGCCUCCUUUGCAUAACCAGUGUAAAUCAGCUCAAUGCGGGAGAUAGACAGCAGUUGGCCAUCCAUGGCCAUGGGACCCCAGCUCAUGUAGGGCCUUCCAAGAGCACACUAAUACUAAUUGUUCUCUCUCUGUCAGUUUUACUUUUGGUCGGUUAAUCUGAAUGUCUUUCUGUUAUCUGAUGCAAGGUCUAGACAAACUAGUCGCUUUGCUCCCUUUAUAAGUACAAAGAGACAGAAUGUCAUCAUUCGUCUUGGUAACACCCCCCCCCCCACUCCAACCCCUGUACAUCAAGAUGCCUGCCACAGGUGGAAUUGCAGGCCCUGGUUGACAGCCUUGUCCGCAGCUCCUGAGAUGAUACAGCUUAGCUGAGUCUGUGUGUUCCUGUGUAGUACACACUGUCAGGUCAGCCCUGCUUGUCGUUUAGUCUCUGUGACUGCUCCUUUACCAGGUUGUUGGGGUACCUUUACAUAGGCCACACCCCUUUGCUGCUGUGUCUGUCCCAUCAUCGAUUCCAAAUCUAGAAAGGAAGUGUGCAGCUGCCCUUAAAGCCCCCCACCAUCUCCUCCUGAUACCGUGGCUCUCCCCUCAGCGGCUGCCGCUCUGAAUGUAGGCAGGUUUCAUGAAGCUUUAUAGAGUGGGGUGGGUACUUUAUUUAGCACGAGAUAUCAUUCUAUUAAAAGUGUCUUCUAGAGAGAGCUUGGGAUAUAUAUUUCUCCAGUACUUGUUAGAGCACAGGCCCAUUGGACCUUACAUAGAUCAUACAUCAUGGGAUAACAUGUGGUAGAGCUCCCCAGACCAGUCCACCAUUUGCUAAGCAUAGCAGGGUGAUAUUCUUAGCUCCCCUCCCCCCCUUUUUUUUUCCUCAGUGGAUUCUCACAUUCUUAGCUUGGGUUUCCCCGGGAUCAGAGUCUGAGACCAAGGCAGGCAUACAGGAAGUUUAUUUAGGAAGUAGUCCCAGAGAGUAGCCAAGGAUGGUCAAGGAAGGCAGCAAGGAGGGGCAGCCAGUUCAAACACGAGGACUCUGUUGGCUACCACACUGGUAGCUCAUGAGAUCUGCAGAAGACCUGGGGAGCCCUGAGAACUGUCCUUUAGUGAGCACUGGUGGCUUUGUAGGCACCCAUGCCUUGGGCUGUAAUCACCGAGAGGAGUCAGCCAGGGGUCUGGAAGAGGAUCCACAACAAGGCCAGUCUCUGGAGUUGGCCCCAAGCAUUGAAAGUGGUCCCCAGAAGUAUGCCCUAAGAUGGCAGGGUGGUACUAUUGGGGCUCUUCAAUAAGGGGAAACUGAGGCCCGGAAACCUUAAGUAUCUCUUCCAGUGUCCCCCAGGCCAGAAUAUGUAAGCUGACAGAGCAAUCUGGGUGGGGUUUUGAGCUGUGUCAAAUGUGGCCUUUGAUUAUAGCCCCAGGCCAGCAAUUUGUGUGGUGGCUGUGUGGGAGAGCAACUGCAAAUCUGAAAAUGACCAUCGAAGAGGGUGAGAAUGCAGACCGGAAAUGCCAGCUGAAGUCCCUACAAGGAGACAGCAGACAUGACCUUGCCAAAGCUGGAGCAGCCAAAGAACAGAGGAGACAUUCCUUCUAACCUCAGCUUCCACAGGCGUCCUCCAUGACUCUGUCACUAUGGACAUUAACUAGUUCAUCCUACUUCUUAUUAAAGGCGAGAUGAGCCUGGGCAUGCAGUUCGGCUUAGGAAGUCUUACAGUGCUCCCUGCUGUGUGCUGCCACUAUGGACAGAUGCCAGCCAAGCCCUCUGCUCCUUAAUUUCCUCUUUCUAGGAGCAAUUCAAAGAUGCAAAGGAUUCCAAUGGAAAGACAUUUGAGCUGAUGUUGGAAGCUGCUAAAAAUUGGACAGGGUUAGCUUACAUGAAGUAGGUGCACUGGUGGCUUUGUAGAUACCCAUGGCUUGGGCUGUAAUCACCGAGAGGAGUCAGCCAGGGGUCUGGAAGAGGAUCCGCAACAAGACCAGUCUCUGGGGUCGGCCCCAAGCAAUGAAGGUGGUUCUCAGAAAUAUGCCCUAAGAUGGCAGGGUGGUACUAUUGGGGCUCUUCAAUAAGGGAAAAAUAAGUAGUGCACCUGAUAUCCCUUUAACUAUGAGGGUGUGUGCCUGCCAUCCUUUGCCUUUGGUGAUGUGCCCUUCAUGUCCUUUCCCUAUGGUGAUGUGCCCUUUAUGUCCUUUCCCUAUGGUGAUGUGCCCCUCAUGUCCUAUCCCUAUGGUGAUGUGCCCUUCAUGUCCUUUUCCCUAUGGUGAUGUGCCCCUCAUGUCUUUUCCCUAUGGUGAUGUGCCCUUCAUGUCCUUUGCCUAUGGUGAUGUGCCCUUCAUGUCCUUUGCCUAUGGUGAUGUGCCCUUUAUGUCCUUUUCCCUAUGGUGAUGUGCCCUUCAUGUCCUUUGCCUAUGGUGAUGUGCCCCUCAUGUCCUUUGCCUAUGGUGAUGUGCCCCUCAUGUCCUUUGCCUAUGGUGAUGUGCCCCUCAUGUCCUUUGCCUAUGGUGAUGUGCCCCUGAUGUCUUUUACCCUUAACACUGUAGCUUUGCCCCAUCCUGAACUGGAUGCCUUGGAAGGCAUUUCCUCAGUGUGGAUGGUGCCUUUCUCCUGGAUAGUUUUCAUUCUCGUGUGUGAGCGAGCAUCCUUCUCUAUGCUUUGCCCUUAGUUAGAAGGCGUGGAUCCCCCUGUCAGGGACAUAUGUGUAUGUGUCCCCUCUGCAUUAAUGUGUAGGUGCAGACCUGGAGAGACACUGCAGUGUGAUGCCAGGAAGUCUAAGACCAGAUCCUGCUCCUCAUUUUGGCCACAGCUUUUUUCAUUUAAUGAUUUCAUUACAACAAAACUAUGCUUUUUUGACCUAGUUAGGGGGGAAAUCAUCUUCUUCUAUUUGAUUAGAUUAUCUCUCCUUUAACCUCUGGUUCCGUUCCCACUCUUCCAAGUGUUUAAGACUACAGUUUUUUUCAUAUUUAUUUUCAUACUUGUAAUCCCUUGUGUGCACAUAUUUCACAGGACCGCACAUGUGCCUGUGUCUUGCUGAAGCUAAAAGUGACCAGUCUUUUUAUAACUCACAUUAGAAAUACAAACUAUUUCACAAAGCCCUGUUUCGUGCAUCAAUUUUUAAGGUUAAAAUAUGUCUUUAAACUUUUUAACAAACUCAUCUUAAAUCUUACUAGUAGGAUUUUAUUUUUUAUUUUAUUUUAUUUUACGGAACCCAAGCUGACCUAGAACUUUAGAACAUUUGGUAAACCUGGCCUUGAACUCAUGACCCUCCUUCCUCAAUCUACCUCCCAAAUCUGGGAUUGAAGGGAAGAGCCAACCAUAUCUGGAUAUGUGUGUAUACUUAAUUUUUAAAGAACUACUUCAGGAGCUGAGACUAUGGCUCAGUUGACAAGAGCGAUUGCCCCUCAUUCAGGAAGCCCUGGCUUGAUCCUCAACAUUGCUUUAAAAACAGGCGUAGUGGGGCACACUUGUUAUCCCAGGAUGGAGUCAGGAGGACGAGGUCAUACUCAGCUAUGUAGCAAACUAAGGCAAGCCUGGACAACUGAGAUUUAAGCAGCAGUCAGGGGAGGUGUGGCUGUACCCAACACUCACUCAGAUAAGGAGACAAAGCUGUCGAUGGUGUAACUUUUUUUCCUACCUGUAGUUUACCUUCCUUUCUUGGUCUGAGACUUGAUAGGCAGCAUAUUAAGUACCUAUCCGUGUGUUUACUCUGAGCCAUUUAAAUUUUGAUUGUUAAACAGGGACCACGGCUCCCUCUGUGAGGCUGUUAAAAAGCCCUGAGCAUGUUUUCACUCUGCCUGUGGCUUGUAGUCCAUCAAAACUGCCCUGCAAACCACAUGCCCCGAGUUCUGUGGAUGGCUGUUGUUUGAUUCCACUGAGAAGAGGCUCAACCGGAAACGGCAAAUGGUGAUUAUGACUUCAGGCAAAUCAGUGAGUGUCUAAUUAUGUCUCCUGACCCAAAAUAAGCAAGUGUCUACCACAGAAUACACACUGUGCCGAGCUUCUCAUCACAGCAUUUCUGCUUAGGGCUGCUGUGUUGCUGCUCACUCCUGUUCAGGGAGAGUUGGUCACAUGUGUGCUGCGGGCUGUCAUUCAUGCUGGAGGAGAGAAGCUACUCUCCAAGUAUCAACAGCAGAAAACAGUUGGCCAUGAAGUGAAGGCAUACUGUGCCAAACUGAACAUAUUUCUUCUUUUGAUUUUUUUUUUGUGCAUGCAUAUGUGGAGGGGGUGGGGGAAGGGGGGUGUGAGUGUGUGUAUGCUUAGGCCAAAGGAGACAGCUUUGUGUAUGCUUAAAUAAUCACAUACAUGUACACACACACAGGCACACACAAAGAUUACAGACAGGAUAUUUCACAUGUUGACCUAGGUAUAAAUUAUCGGAUGAAUUCUCAUUUUAAAGAUAAUAUCAAACUGUGAGCUUGACGUUAUCAUGCCCUAUGUAUUCCCUGCAUUUUCUGACUCAACCAGAAGAACGUUAAAGGACAAGAUGUUUGAAAAUGAAACCUUUAAUGUAUUUAGCUGUGAUCGGGAGUAUUUGCUUAACAUGGGUGAGUUUGUACCUUUUACCUGGGACUACCUGCGUAACGCCUGGAGCAUGAACUUGGGGAUUCAAGUUCACUGGCCUUGAACUGUGGAUGAAACUGUUCUAGCUGCCUGAGGACAGUUAAAGGAUUCAGUUAGGUAAAUUGUAAUUUAGCAUUCCGAAACAUGACUCUUUCCGGAUCAAGCAUAAAAGGCAUGUGCCCUUGGAAGCCCAAGAAAGAAUUCAUACAGUUCCCAUUAGUCUAAAAAUAAAUAACAAAUAAAGAAAUGUCUGAGUCAUGCAUUGCAUUUGAUGGAGUCCAGUGGCAGAGAGAACUUAAGCUGUACUGUGGAUGGUGGCUCUGCCCGGUGCUCGGUGGAGUGAGGCCGCAGCGCUCUGAGGAAGUGAUACGAGCCAGCUGGGUGGAUUUAAUUCUGUCUUGGGUUCCUCCAGUGCACUAAGUGUGUCAUGCUUUGAGUAGCAAUGUGGAAGCCUGGCUGUGCCAGGACCGAGUGGCUAGGGAGGGACUUGCCACUGUCUUUGAAGCUCUCCUGCAGGCAUCUCCACGGAGAGGCAAGUUGCAGCUCAGCUCCAUAGGAGCUCCUGGGCCAGCUUGUUUAAGUUUUCCAUUCCUCGUUGGGAAAAGUAACAUAGAGAUACUGAGGAGCUUGUCAUAUAAAUGGCAAGUUGUAGUGCUCAUUUAUAGUGCUUACCUAGUGUGCAUGAAGCUCUGGGGUCAGUCCCUAGCACCAUAUAAGCUAGUUUUGGUCACCAACACCUGUACUCCUGGGACUUAGGAGGUGGAGGCAGAGGGAUCAAAGGUUUGUGGACAUCCUCCACUAUAUAAUGAGUUCAAGGAUAGCCUGGGCUACAUGAGGCCUUGCUCUGAAUGGAAGAGGAGGAGGAGGAAGAGGAGGAGGAGGAGUCAAGUUGAACAAAUUAGCACAGACUCCAAAGUCCACACUAAGGCAUCCUGAGUGCCUGCAGUGAGCAGACAAUACCAUGGAGGGGAGUUUUAAAAUGCUCAAGGAAAACUCACAGCAUUCAACUCUGUCUACUGUUAGAGGAGCCAGAGGCUCAGAGCCCCCCAGUUGUAAUGUCUGAUCGUCCUUCUGUGAAGCUGAGUUUCUGGUGGCCGCUCUUGCAGAAAGCAAGCCUGGCAGGAUAGAAGAUGAACUAGAACUCACUGGGGCAGUGUCCACUUUGACUCCAAAGGAACAUUGUGCUGCCUAUAGGCUAAAUCCACUCCAUUCAUACUUAAGAAACAACUCCAUUCAGAAGGCUGAGGCAAACUGAAGGUCAGCCUGGACUACAUAACAAUACUUUGUCAAAAAAAAAAAAAGUAAACAAAGGGUCAUUUAUUUCUUGCAGUUUGUGUGCAUUUAUGUGUUGAAAUGACUGCUAAGUGUUUAAAUCAUUUGGACCUAAUGUACUAGUCAAUUCAUUUAUUAAGUAUUUGUUUCAACCUAGGGGUGCUAUGAAAGAAGUAAUAAUUACUGAGACACUCUGGAUACCAGGAACUAAGAAAAGUGGAAACACAUUGGCCAGAGCCUUGCCCUCUGUGGGAUUUCGAUUGGAGACCCAGCCCUCCUCCUCCUUCCCUGCCUCCAGUCAAGACAUUGCCUUUAGUUGCUAUCUGUGUGCUUGUCAGCAAACUAGAAACAUGAACAGAAGUGCAGAGUGUCUAAGACCUUAGCGGGGCCUUAGAAGAGGUCUUAGACUUGAGUGUUUUUCUAGCUUGUGAUGCUUUGAGGCCCUAUCCCCCUUCAGGUGAGCAGCUUUCCCAAGUACCUGAUGGCAUGUUCUCAGAGCAGCGUGUGGUGCCGUGGGACUCCGCCUGCCCCUGGCCAGUGCAUUUUGUGGUAGGCAGAAGUGCAGAAGUGGGCAUUGGCUUUCAAAGGGCGAUCUUGCCAACUACUGCUUGCUCAUGAUUUACAGUGCGCCCAUCCAGUCCUCACUUGUUCUUAGGUGAACAAUUCUAGGACACUCAGUUAUAUAGGAAAGCCACAUUGACUUGAGCGCCACAGCCGUCUCUGAGGGAAAGCCUCGGCGUGCCUCUCCAGAAGCUUGUGGUGAAAGUACAAGGGACCUGAGUCAUUUUCCCAUAAUUAGAUGCAGUUCGGAGGUCUGCCCCUCUCCCCAGCCCUCUUGCCUUGCAUGCAGGGCUGUUCAGUUGGAAGCUAGUGGAAAAUUCCUGUGCCCUUUCACCCUGCUGCCACAAGUUAUAAAAAGCGUGCCAUUCAGAACUGAUUUUUCUCCUGCGUGCUUGGAUUUUUACUCACAAAAUAAAGGGGGACAGUGAGUUUUAAGAAUUAUAUUCUACUUACCAGUGAGGCUAGGGGCUGUGGUACCACUUGGGAUCACAGAGCAGCUGGCCCAGUCUGCUACUUCUUUGGGGGCUCAUUAAUGAUAUCACUGAGGCCAUCUAAGUGGACCUCUUUUUUCAGAGCCACAAUGACAUUAGCCCCACAGUUCACUCAGAGUUUGCCCUGCUUGGCGUACUUUGUGGGAAUGAGGGGCAAACACAGAAGACUGCAGUAGUAGAGUUUGGUUUUUGUUUUUUUCGUAUUGUUAGAUCUGUUUGUCUUAAUCAAAAUAUGACUCAUCCUGCCCCAUUUUCAAGCCAAAGCUCACUGCGGUUAUCCUGUGACUUGGCCUAAAUCCCCAUGAUCUGCUUUAAUUUGAUCUCGACAGUUUCCUUCGGCUGUAGGAAUUCAGUGUCAAGUUUACAAAGUGUGGGUGCCAGCUUUAAUGUUGCAUCUCUGUCACUUACUGAGUCCCCUGGUAGAAGGACCUGCCCUGGGGUUUUACUGCUUGUUGGGAUCCACAUUCUGAGUGUUUCGUUCCUCUGAAUCUUGGCCCCCACCUGGGGUGACGUUCAAGGCCAAAGUUAGAGCUGAAGUGGAGAAUUUGCUCCCAGUGCUUUGCUUCUGUUCCAGUAUUUUCCAGCUGCGAGGUGCAGACCAACCAAGAUCUUUCCCCAUUCCUCAAUCCUUCAGCCCCCAGCCUCUUUGAUGACUCACAUUGCCUUAGAGGGCAAAGUCCCUACUAAGGCAACAGCUGCCUUGGAAAUACAAUGGAAAAGCAGAAGUGAGGACCCGAAUCCUCCCUACCCUUUAUCCCCAGCAGCCAGGAGCCCCACGUGGGCCAGUUUCAGCCAAGGAACUCUGUUCUCCUGGUACCUUCCCUGCAUGUCGAGUAGUCCUGGUAACUGCCCUGGCAGCAGGGGACAGCCGGCUCUCAGAGAGAAGUUCUGAGCCGUGUGAGCUGUGUGUAGUGAGCACACCUCACCUGUUGGAGGGCAGUGCUAUCCAGGAAGACCUACGAAAGGAAGAAAGCUCUCAGAGUUCACAGGAGCAAGCUCUAGUUUGGGAAACUUGUAUAUGCCAGUCUUUCCCUACGCCUUGAUGAUGGGAAAGGUUGAAAACAGCGGCAAGGUAGCAACAUCAGGCCUGAGUGAGAAGCUAGUGGACAGUCGAGCCCGUCCUUCCUCCCCCAUCUCACUUUCCCAUCACUCGGGCCUUCUGUUGUCUCCGUUCUAACCCUGACCAUAACCUUGGGGAGAUUCAUUACGUGUUUGUCCAGGACUUCAACCCACUGAGGUGAUCCCUCUCUUCAGAGCUCCCCCUUGACGCCUCCAGAUUGAACAGCACGACCACCACUCAGCAUGGGCCCUGAGUGGCCAAUUUCAUUAGGAAAUAAGUUGAUCUUGGACUUCACACCAGUCUGCUUUUAAGUCAUUCUAACAAUAGACUCCAAAGAUAACAGUGUAAGGUAUAGCACAUGGGUUUGGCCAACAGAGAAGUAUUGAAGUAUUGACUUCCAUAAAAGAGCAUACGUCCACCUGAACUUACACAUGGGUGUGAAAACCUGGCUGUAUAACAAAUCACUCCCCAGUGAUGGCGGAAGCACAUUUCAAUGCAUGCAACAGCGUGAAUGAGCCAUUGAAAAAUAGAAUCACCGAGCAGAAGUACAGGCUGCACUGCUCCAGUUAUAGGAAAUCUAAAACCUAUCAUGGGUAGCAAAAUAAAGAUUAGCCUUGAGCGGAAAAGAACCAGCCAGUGAGAGGAACCCAACCCCAUCAGCUAUGCUGGGCCCCCUCUGUAUGCCGGGCUAGGGUGUCGUUACAGACAUGUGAGAGUACAUUCAUCAAAGUGUGCACUUGGGAUGAGUGGACUGCAGGCUGUGUAAUUUACUCCUUGAAAAACUGAAUUAAGUUUCACAAUACAGCAUAGCCCAGAGCCUAAAGCAGCUGACCCAGCAGUCUGAAUGAGGAAAACUAGAGACCUCAUCUAGUUGGUGAAUGGGGAAAUAUGGGUGCGGGGGCAGGAGGACCUGAUGUGCUCUUCCACAGCUGUUCAGCACUGCUCUGAGAGAAUGGCCUUUCCACCUUGAUAACUAACGUAUUCAGAAGUCCUCCUCUAGCCCGGCAAACCUCACCUGUCCUCUUGUCUCCAGGAUCUCGUUACAUGUGGGUCUUCCGGCCUGGGGAACAGCUUGCGUCUGGGAAGCCUCGGGCUGCUACGUGGGAGUUAGAUCCCGUGGUUCUCAGAGUUCCACAUGCCUCAGUCUGGGCCAUGUGAAAAGCAGAGCUUGAGGGAGGAGGAACAGCCCCUGGCUGCAGGGCUCCUCGUGCUCCCCAUGGGAGGAGGAGGCAAGCCCUGCCUCGAAGCUCUUGUCUCCCCCUCAGCAGGCCCUUCAUACCUCUGCGCUUGGAGCCAGUCUACCGACCUGGGUCCCAGCCUCUCCUCCCUUGAGUCUUGCUUAUUCAUCAUGGCAGGUGCACUCUACACAUGGCAGCUGUGUGCAGUGACACAGGCGCAGGUUUAGGGGACAAAGUGAAGUCUACUGUGUGUCCUGAGGACACAGGAAGAAGCAUAGAUCAGCUACUGGAGGCCACUGAAAAUCUGCCCGGUCGUAGGAAGCUCUGGGAUGAAAAAAGGAAGUGUCACCUGGCCACUUGGGCUGCCCCUGCCGGGGCCUCCCCAGCUGUGCCUCUUCUCCGAACGGGAAGGAGACCUAACUUGUAGUUAGAACCUGACAAAUGGAGAAGCAGGUACAGAUUUGCCAUUGUUGCCUCCAAAGGGAGCCAUGUUCAGUAUGCUCUGAAGUCGCUUACACAUUGUAGAGUGCACGGCUAUUAUCGAAGGUACUAGUUCUGAUUAGUUUUUGUUUUUAUCUAAUUUUUUGUCCUAAAUAUAACCAUGUUUUUAAAAUAUUUUUAAUUAGGCAUUUUCCUCAUUUAC